CAGUGGCCGGCGCAGCGCAGCAACCACGCCGCCGGUGACGCGUCACUUGACUCCGCUCUGAAAAAUGGCUGCGGUGGAAAGGACUCAGGUCAGGGAAGGCUUCCGGAUAGUUGUUCUUUGCGUAUGUUGGUACACCGUCAGCUCGGGCGGCAACGUCAUCAACAAGAUAAUCCUCAAUGGAUUCCCGUACCCGGUCACGGUGUCUCUCUUUCACAUUUUCUCGAUCGUCGUCUUCCUGCCGCCGCUGUUGCGGGCGUGGGGAGUCCCCAAAACAGAACUGCCCAAGCGGUACUACUGGUGGACUAUUCUGCCUUUAGCUUUCGGGAAAUACUUCGCAUCGGUGUCGGCUCACUUCAGUAUAUGGAAGGUACCCGUUUCAUACGCGCACACCGUCAAGGCCACAAUGCCAAUAUGGGUUGUGCUCUUGUCAAGAGUUAUAAUGAGGGAGAAGCAAACCACCAAGGUGUACGUAGCUCUGAUCCCCAUCAUUGGCGGAGUGCUGCUGGCUACAGUGACAGAGUUGUCUUUCGACGUUUCGGGCCUGAUCAGCGCUCUGGCUGCUACGCUCUGCUUCUCUCUGCAGAAUAUCUUCUCCAAAAAGGUGUUGCGUGACACACGGAUCCACCACCUGCGGCUUCUCAACAUUUUGGGCUUCAAUGCCGUGAUAUUCAUGCUGCCCACCUGGGUCCUGGUUGACCUUUCCGUCUUUCUCGUCAAUGAUGAUCUGUGGGACAUGUCGGGAUGGACCAGAACCGUUGUUCUGCUGCUAAUCAGCGGCUUCUGCAACUUCGCUCAGAACGUCAUCGCCUUCAGCGUGCUCAAUCUGGUUAGCCCGCUCAGCUACGCCGUGGCUAAUGCGACCAAGAGGAUCAUGGUCAUCAGCAUCUCCCUGUUUAUGCUGCGCAACCCGGUCACGCUCACCAAUGUGCUGGGCAUGAUGACGGCCAUCGUCGGGGUCUUCCUCUACAACAAGGCCAAGUACGACGCUAACCAAGAGAAGAAACUGCUCCCAAGCAGCAAGCAGGACCUGAUGUCCAUUGACAACCCAGUGUUCCCAAAGCAUCAGGCCAACGGGUCAGUGCCUUUCUCCCAUGGAUCACUGCAGCAGCAUAGCUGGAACAACGUGCUGACCGACCACUUCCAAUACAGUCGCCAAACCUACACGACAAACUCCAACAGCAACCACCAGUAUGUGGUGUAAAAAAGAAAAAACAAAAAAGGGGGAGACUGUCCUUGCUCUGACUCGCUCUCAUAGACAUUCAUGUGCUUGUGUAGCCGCCAUCCCUGCGGCAGUUCUUCUCUGGUCGGCUUCACACAUGAGACUGUGUUCCACACAGGAAGAGCAAAAGACAUCUUUUUUUUCAUGAAGGGGCCAGUGACGUGACCUCUCCCACGCUCCUCUAUGUCUAAACCUUUCGGUGUUUUCCUGUCUGUUACUUUGGUCCUGACUGUUUGAGUGGCUGGGUGCGCAACAACACUCAUACCGGACAUUUUCAGAUGCAUUCGCAACAUGGGUUUUGAAUUGUCCAUUUUCUAAGGGGAUGUUAUCAUCUCCAACUAGGACCUCACGUAGAACGCCUGUCAUGUUAAUUUUUAUAACAAACAAAACAUAGAGGAACGCCUUAAUAUUUAGAUUUUAGGCAUUUAUUUUUUUGUGUGUCUUGGGAAGAGGAGGAAAACACUGUUGGAAGACACUGCUUUUGAAACAAACAGUUUUCAAAAAGUUUAGAGCUCUGUUUAAAAAAUAGAUAAACGAGCCACGUAAAAUAUUAACAUAUGAAGUUGAGCCCAGACACACAGACGGCAAUCAAAUCUGAUUAAACUUUGAUUAGAAUUAAGUGUGAGACGAGUUCUGAUCCCCAGAAUGGUCAGUGAGCACCUUCUCACAAUGUUCCAAUACCUGGCAUUGGUCGUUAUGAGUCGACAUGUUUGGAAAAAAAGCAAUUUAGGUACACGCUGUAAAGCUUCCUUUUAAAAUAUGCCAGCAGCUGCAAACACCAAGGUGGUGGUUCUUUUUUCCAAGGGCGGGCAUUGCUGUGUAGCGAUCGAGUUAUGAAAAUGAAUGAAUCAGUCCAUUAAAUGAGUUAUUUUCAUAUUGAUCAUUAAUAUUCAUUCAUCAUCAAUGCUUCUCAGGCAGAGAGGGAUAUCUGUCCUGCCAGGCAUAGUGUCAGCCCGAACCAAAGUUGCUUUUUUUUUUUUUUUUUAAUUAUAAAUAAACUGUCUCUAGUUUGUACAUAUUGAAAGAACAAAAUAUUCUGUCGUGAGGGUCAAAGGUGAAACGUCCAUCUCUAAUAGUCCCUGGAUAGGUUUGGUUUGUGCAAUAGUCAACUGAACUGGCAAACGAGAUGGACGAAAAGAUUUUGCUCAAUAUCAGUGUCAUGGAAACAAUUGAUCAAUCAUCAUGUAUUUAUUUCAAAUUGACACUGAGCAUUUAAAUGCAGCAAUAUGAAGUACAUACGUUUUUCUACUGUAAUUUUCUAUUGCAUAAAUGUCUGAACAUUUUAUGUAAAUUUACUUGUUAUUUUUGUUCUGUGCACAUUUUGUUCACAUAAUCUUGAGGGGCAAAAAACAAAAAUCUACAUUUCUGCAAGGAGGUCCGACUUUGGUUAAUAAUGGUAUAGUUCAGUUCACAUUUGUAGCAUUUUACCAAAUAUGAUUGGCUAUAGUUACUACUCUAUUCUCUUGUGUGUGUGUGUGUGUGUGUGUGUACUACUGCUGCAGUAUCUGCAAAAAUCUUUAAAAAUCCACUUUAGAUAUCUUUUGUCAGUUGAAGUAUUUGUUUAUUUGUCUCAUGAUUUCUCCCCAAAAUCUGUUCAUCUGCUGCUGUUAAAUUAAAAUGAAGAUAAUGUGACUAAUCUGACUCAUGCAAAACAGGAGACAAGCGAGCCGAUUUUAAAGGAGCUUUGAAAAUGACAAACAAGCAAUAUUUAUUUAAAAAAAAAAAAAAGGCAAUUGUACACCGCUGCAAACUACAACCGUAAACAUAUUGUUAAAAUAAUACCUCUCAAUCAAAACUGGCUGGAUGUUUUGUAUUGGAUCUCAUUAGGUUUUUCAAGUGUACCUAAUGUUGUGGCCAGUGAGUGUACAUCAUUUUUGCAUUAAAGGGGAAGUACCAAUGAGGAAGACCACAGCCAAUCAUAAGUUUAAUAAAAAAAAAACUGACGCAAAUGGUUUAAUAAUUAUCUUUAUUCAGACGUGUAGUAUUUAUUCCCAAGCGGAAAACUUUCCAAGCUUGAAGUUAAUUACGGCCCACUCUUUAUGUGGCCUCGCAGAUACUAUCUGGUGUAAAUUCUCUGCUGCAAGUGGUUGCUUAUAUGCAUACUAAUCACGAACAAGCAAAUUAUUCUAUUGACUUUUUUUCCCCCCCCCCAUUGUUUAUAUUUUGUUCCUUGAUGUUGCCAAAAGCAAAGGACCGCAGGAUGGAGGCCUGGCCCUGUUGGAAGUUUAUUCUUGAACUUUCUUAUUGUCAGCAUCAAGUUGGAGUCCAAUGGACGCUUAUUAAGAACUUGGUGAGCCCAAUUUGCAAAGCUAAUUUUCCUAGGACAAAGUUUGCUCACUGGGAUGUACAGUAUGUGUUAGUAGGGGGUGGUUUCUCUGUAAAACUAUGAUUAUUAUUUUUGUGAGAUUUUACUCAGCUAAUGUUUAUAGAUUUUUAUUUAUGGUUGUCAUGGUACAAAUUGUUUUGCAGUUGUCUCUGCUUCUGAUUUUUUAAAAAAUGCUAUUUUUAAAUGUAAAAAAAAAAUAAAUAGAAUACUGGACUGAA